CAGCCUCUCCUUUCUCGUAAUGACUGCCGUCAACGGACUAGCCUACACUGGAAACCUCAGAUCACGCACUCCCGGGCCUCCGAAAAUUCCCAAGACUCUCCAAGACGCUUUCCAAUGCUUCCAAGACCCAAGCCUCCAAGACAAGAAACCCAAACGGGCCCAAGUAGCUGCCGCUGGCAUGUUCCCUCGCCCGCUCUUAUCUCAAGCACCUCCGCGACACGGGGUGUUUGGGUGCCGCCUAGCCUCAGACACCAGACAAGACCUCGAGAAACAGUAACACGGCACCACGGCCAGAGGAAGAAGCGGCACGCACUAGACGGUAGACCAAGCCAAAGAAAAUGGCUAACCCACAGCUCAUUUCAAUUACUCUCUUUUUUCUCGUCGACUUCAGUCUCUGCAGUAUGCACUGCCACGAUUAACUCUCUCCAAGAGGCACGCGUACGUACGCAUUACUCCAGCAGACCAUGCCACACCGGGGUAUCUUGCCUGCUCACACCUGAAAUGCCGGCUGCCGGGAGAGCGAGUGCGACCGAACGCUUCAGUGGUGACCGGUCACUGGUGUUUACCCAGCCCGAUGCCCACUGAACAGGCUCGACGUCACAAAUGCAUGCCCCCGGCUUGCGUGGUUUCGUCCCAACGGGAUAGAACCUGGCCGGGGUCGUUUCUGAGGAAAAGGGAACCACGAGCCUGAGACGUCUAAAAAUGGCCCGGCCGCCCCAAGGCGGUUGGGUGCCGUUGCGAGGCUGAAGCACCCAUUGAUUAGCCCGCGGGCUCUUGG